UUGUUUUGCUUAUGUUUUCCUCUUCUUUGCUCCAGGGUCCGGAUAACCGACCUCCACAAAUAUCCGCAGUGAAACUUUAAAUUCAAUUGAUUUCUAGCGGAGAAACUCGCGAGCUGUUCCUCGAGAGCUCAGCCUCUCGUUACACGGUACACAAUUCUUCCAAAUUGGAGCCGUCUUCCGCCGACAUCGAGCGAAGAGGCGAAGCCGAUCCCAGGCCUCCAAUCCAGGGCGGAGGGAGGAAAGGAGGUCGCUGGGAAUCGGGAUGGAGACCGGAGAGGGUGCCGACGGGCCUGGCGGGCCGGACGGACCGGGGCUGCAGUUCGGCUGCGCCUCUUUCAACCAGGACUCCACGUCACUGGCUUUGGGAACAAAGACUGGCUACAAGCUGUUUUCUCUGACCAUGGUGGAAAAGCUGGACUGUAUCCAUGAGAGUGCAGAGACUCCAGAUGUCUACAUCGUGGAGCGUUUGUUCUCCAGCAGUCUGGUAGUCGUGGUGAGCACCGCCAUGCCGCAGCGCAUGAACAUCUACCACUUCAAGAAGGGGACGGAGAUCUGCAACUACAGCUACCCAAACAACAUCCUGGCUGUCAAGCUCAACAGACAGAGGCUGGUGGUGUGCCUUGAAGAGUCCAUUUAUAUUCACAACAUCAAGGACAUGAAGCUGCUCAAGACUCUGCUCAACACUCCGUCCAACCCCUCAGGUCUCUGUGCUCUUUCUAUAAACCAUUCCAACUCCUACCUGGCGUACCCCGGCAGUGCAACCAUUGGGGAGAUCGUAGUGUAUGAUGCCAACAAUUUGAACACAGUGACCAUGAUCCCGGCUCAUGACAGUCCUCUGGCAGCUCUCACCUUCAACGCCUCGGCCACCAAACUUGCCAGCGCCUCAGAGAGGGGCACCGUCAUCCGAGUGUUCUCCGUUCCUGAGGGGCUGCGUCUGUUUGAGUUCCGCCGGGGCAUGAAGAGGUAUGUCAAUAUAAGCUCUUUAUCCUUCAGCCCUGAUGGCCAGUUCCUCUGUGCGUCCAGCAACACAGAGACGGUGCAUAUCUUUAAACUAGAGCAGCUGGGUCCUAGUGGAGGGGACGAUGCUGCCACCUGGACAGCCUACGUGGGGAAGAUGUUCUCAGCAGCCAGCAGCUACCUCCCUGCUCAGGUAUCCGGCAUGAUGAGCCAGGACCGGGCCUUUGCCACAGUCCACCUCGUGACAUCGGGCCAGAGGAACAUCUGCACCCUAGCUAUGAUCCAGAAGCUUCCACGGCUACUGGUGGCCACAGCUGACGGCCAGCUGUUCAUAUACAACGUGGAUCCACUGGAUGGAGGCGAGUGCACGUUAGCCCACAAACACAGGAUUUUUGGUGUUGAUGAAGACCAGGGUGAAGAAACAGAGUCAGAAGGGUCAGAGGUCACAGGGCCAGCACAGGCUUGUCCAUCCUACGCUGCAACCGCUGCUUUACCAGCCUCUGGUCCCGUCACUGCAACCCUCACUGGCUACUCUGAAGAUGGCGGCGCAAAGAAAGGAGAAGUAAUUCCAGAACACGAGUUCGCUGCUGGACCUGUGUGUCUGGACGAUGAGAACGAGUUUCCUCCUAUUAAUUGGUGCCGAGACGGGACUGGAGGUGGCCAGGCCAGGCGCUCGUGAGGUGUAGAAGGACAGAUGGACAAACAGACAGACAGGCGCUGUGGGAUGAUCAGCAAAAAAAAAAGUCUUUCAGGGUGCCAAGUUAUUUUUUCCGCAGAGAGAAAAUAAUAUUGAUUAACAUUAACAUUUAAGUAGACAAAACACUGACCAAGAAGUAGAUGUCAUGAUCUGGUCCUCAUGUUACAUAUUGAUUGUGUUAAAGAUACACCUCUAAACUUCCCUCCAGCUAACUGUCGACAAAACAUCCCCUGUGAUCUGAGAGGGCCUUUCUCAACUUGUAGAUGCUGUUGGCAACUUACAAAAAUCAGGGAGAUUGUCUUUAAGGAAUGCUGGAAGCAUGAGGUGCAUGCUGGAGCAGAAAUAUAACCACAAUUUUAUUAGCAUUUUUACUUGACAAAUAUUUUAGUUAGUUGCAUUAUUGUAGCAACAUUUUUUAUUUUUUCAUUAUUAAUAUUUUAGUUCACGGCUAUGAUAAAUUGUCAUUUUUAUUCUGUAUUGUAAUGACAUGUAUUAAAUGUUUUUAUGUAUGCCUCCUGGAUACACUUCAGAAGGUGUGUUUGUACUGUAUGUUUGUUUGUGCCUAUUAUCAUUUGUAAAAGAGCAAAGUAUUUUGCUUAUUGCACAAGACCAAAACAAGUGAAAGAAACAAAGAAAUAAACACAGAGUGGAAUAAGAAAGAACCUAUGC